GUACAGCAGCAGCGUCGUAGUCGCCUAGCGAGCCUGAUAAGCUCGAUAUGAAUAAAAUAAUUGUGUUACUCAUUAUCGGUGCGCUGUGCCAUCAGCGGACUUCCGGUAGACCAAGUCACGGUGAGAAGCAUGAUCAUCACAAAUCAGGCGGAUGUGUUCGAAGAUCAGGCGAUGAAAUGAGAUCAGGGGAAGAGAAGACGGAGGAGUAUAUAGCAAUGGAUGAAGAUCUGGAGGUGGAGGUGAGCGUGUGGGAAAAGAUGUACAACGAAAUGGACGAGGAUAUCCGGAAGGAUCUAGAAAAUCUAGAUCUGGAUCUGAAGAACCAUAUAGAGCAGGAGAAGUACCGGGACGCGGAGAAGGGUGUAAAGGAGAGGCAUCUAGAAGAGGAGAAGCAUAUCGAGGAUGAGAAGAGAGAAAAAGCAUCUGAGGAAUGA